AUGAAGCGAGGACUCGGACGUAACAUCAUGAUCUUCGCGAGUGAAGUGCCCGUUGUCAGUGCAUUAAAUCCAUAUCGCAAGAUUGAAGAUGUGUUCUUAAAUGUAUGGCGCCGUACAAAUCCUCGUCAAGUGUCUUCUCUCCAACAUCAACUUUCCCUAGCGCUUCCAACUCCAGAAGAAAAGAUGCAAACUAUCGUUCAGGAUCUUGGAGCUGCUCCAGCUAUUAAUGAAUUAAUUCAAGAGGCUUCGAAAGCCACAACAAUUCAUCAAGUGGCCAAAGCUCAAGCAAAAGUGGUGCAUUCAUUACCAUCCACCACUCCAAUUGAUAUUAAAGCUGAUGUCGUUCAGUUUGUUACUUCUACAAUGAACAAAGACUUUGGAGCUAAACAAGAGAUUGCGGGAAUCUUUCAUUAUCAAAAACAGCAAAAACAAGUUAUUCAAGAUCGAAAUUUAGUCUUUUAUAAGAAAAAAGUUGAUACAGUGGGGGAUUAUAAGUUGUUUGUUGGAGGCAAAAUUGAUGGUCGAGCCGAUGGAAAAGUCAUUGAAGUGAAGAAUCGAGUCAAGAAAUUUAUAGAUCCAUUGCCAAAAUAUGAUCUUGCUCAAUUGCAGACAUAUCUGUUUAUCUUAGGUGGACAAGAAGGAGAAUUGGUUGAACAUUUGCAAGCUGAGAUAGCAAAGACAAAGGUGACAAAAGUAAUGAGGGAUGACAAAAUGUGGCACACUGAGAUUCAACCGUAUCUUGUGAGAUUUGGCAGUGCUUUGACAUAUUUGAUGAAAGACGAAGAUAUACAAAGAGAAUACUUGACAUCCGACGCAGGACAGCAGCGAGAAAUCAUUCGCCAUUUUUGGAGUCAAGACAUACAGCAUAUUCAAAACUCACUACGUCCCGUCAAUACGAUACAAUAUAGCAUACUGGAUUAUAAUCAGUAA